AUGGUGCUGCCUAAGCUCCUGCUUCUCCCGCUUCUCGCGGCGUGCUCCGCUGCCGUGAAGAUCUCUGUCGCGUCGUUUGGAGGCAAUGUGACGACUGGCCUGCAGUAUGGUAUCAUGGAGGAGGAUAUCAAUCAUUGCGGCGAAGGAGGUCUCUAUGCAGAGUUGAUCCGCAAUCGCGCGUUCCAGGGAGGAUCUAACGAUCCUCUGUCCUCUACGCUACCUACUUCGGUGAACGUCAAAGGCAGCAAGGGUGAAGUUGGUCUCGCUAAUUCGGGCUGGUGGGGCAUCGAUGUCAGACCGCAGAAGUAUACCGGGCCUUUCUACGUGAAGGGUGCCUACAUGGGAAGCUUCACGGCGUCCCUUCAGUCAUCGACGAAUGGAAAGGUCUUUGCCCGUACGAAGGUGACCUCGCACAGUGUUGGAGAUGAAUGGACGCAGCACAGCUUUACCCUUGUCCCGCAUUCACCUCCUCCGAAUACAAACAAUACUUUCUCCAUCACUUUUGAUGCUUCGAAAGCUGAGGGUGGCGCUCUGGAUUUCAAUCUCAUCAGUUUGUUCCCGCCUACCUGGAACGACCGCCCGAAUGGUCUUCGCAAAGAUCUGAUGCAAGCCAUGAAAGACUUUGCACCCGUGAGUAUACUGGCCGCGGGCUUACGUCUCAGCAUUUUUAACGACAAGUCUAGAAAUUCCUCCGUUUCCCUGGUGGAAAUAACCUCGAGGGCGAGACUAUCGAAACCCGGUGGAAGUGGAACGAAACGAUUGGUCCCCUCAAGGACCGACCUGGUCGUCCCACGACCUGGGGAUACCAAGAGACCCGGCUUGGGUCUGAUCGAGUACAUGGAAUGGUGUGAUAAUCUGGAAAUCGAACCUAUCCUCGCGGUCUGGGCUGGUCUUGCUCUGAACGGCGACGUAAUCCCCGAGUCAGAGCUCGGUAUGUUCAUAAAAGAUGCUCUGGACGAGAUUGAGUUCCUCACUGGCUCCGUCGACACCAAGUACGGUGCACUUCGCGCGUCCCUCGGCUAUCCGAAACCAUGGAACAUCAGGUACGUUGAGGUCGGCAACGAGGACAACCUGAGCAACGGAUUGGCCACGUACAAGUCCUACCGCUUCCAGGCCUUCUAUGAUGGAAUCAAAGCCAAAUACCCCGAUAUCACUGUCAUUGCCUCGACUAUCGAUAUGACUUUGCCUGAUGAGGCUGGUGGCGACUACCAUUUGUAUGAUGUCCCGGACAACUUUGUCUCUCGCUUCAACUUUUUCGAUAACUUCUCCGAGGAUCAUCCGAUUCUGCUUGGUGAAGUUGCCGCCACGGUGCAGAAUAACGGCCACGGAAUCGACUGGGGCAUCACGAAGUUCUCACUGUAUCCUUGGUGGAUUGGAACUGUUGCCGAGGCCGUGCUCCUUAUUGGUACGGAGAGAAACGCCAACAAGAUCAUCGGCACAACAUACGCACCCUUGCUCAUGAACCUAGACAACUACCAUUGGUCACCAACACUCAUUGCCUUCAAUUCAAACCCGGACCAGACAGCCAGGUCCACCAGCUGGCAUCUCUACGAUGUCUUCUCCCACAACCACAUAACCAACACCCUCCCCACCAAGGCCUCCGACGACUUCGGACCCCUGUACUACGUCGCCGGCCUGGACAACAGCACCAACACGCACAUCUUCAAGGCGGCCGUGUACAACAGCACCGCCGACGUGCCUAUCUCGCUCACCUUCGACGGCGUCCGCCCCGGUACCACGGCGCAGCUGACCGUGCUCACGGCCCCGGACGCCGUCUCGAUGAACGAGGUUGGCGGCGCCGAUCUAGUCCACCGCAAGGUAUCGACCCUGCGGGCCGGCAAACGCGGCGUCUUCGACUUCAAGCUGCCGAAUCUGAGCGUGGCUGUUCUGAAGACUCUGUAG